AGACAUAUGACAAUUGUUCACCACUUGCUAGCUUCAGCAUCUUCAAUAUUAAUGCAGCUGAUCACUCCUAAAAUGCUGCAUCUAAGGCACUUUCUGUCACUUAUUGCUUCAAUCUAAAUUACCGUCUUGUUUCUUUGCUCCAACGUCUUUAAGUACAGAAGUGCUCCAAAUCUGGAAUUUCUGGAUACUAAGAGAUCAAAGUUCGCGGGGUUAAAAGAUUUUGGAGACCUUAUUCUAUAAUUUGGGACUUUUGUAAGCUUUAGUUAUGAGUCGUCGUUGGAAUUCUCGAGGAAGCGGGCGAGUAAGGGACGAGGAUGUCGAGAGGCAAGGUCCCAAGAAUGAUGGUAUUGGCUCAGAACAAAAGAUAAUAACAAAAUUGGCAAUUGGGCAGGUCAACCAACGUUUGUUGAAAAUGUUUUCGGAAACGAGGUGGUUCCAUUGGGAUGUGGCGUUUUUAGUGGUGUGCGUAGUUGCAGUAGCAGUGGACCCUUUGUUCUAUUAUCUUCCUGUAAUAAACGAGGCUACCAAAUGCAUUAUCAUAGAUAAGACUUUGAAAAUCAUUGCUAUUUGUGUGCGAUCGUUCCUGGAUUUGAUUGCUUUUGGGGAUUUAGUUGCUCGGCCAAUAGCAAGCAGUACUGAUUAUUACUCGAGGUCAGACUACGUAAUUAACAUUCUCGCCAUUCUUCCAGUUCCCCAGGUUCUAGUGCCAAUUAUAUUUUCAGAAAUGAGAGGUUCGAAAUUCCGGCAUGGAAGGAAAGUCCUAAAUGCAGUUGUUCUUUUGCAAUAUGUGCCAAGAAUUUUCCGUAUCUACAGAUUGUGGAAAAUAGUCAACGUGACUAUCAUCCUACCCAAAAGUAUCCCAACUACUAAUGUUAAAGAGAAUGCAGAUAGCAACAAGAAUAUGAAAGGUUUUAUAGUGAUGAAAGCUGGAUUCAAUCUCUUUCUGUAUCUCGUUGCCAGUCAUGUACUGGGUGCCUUUUGGUACUUCUUCUCCAUCGAACGAGAGACCACGUGCUGGCACGUGGCCUGUAAGCCUGAUGCCGGAUGUCGCAAGACUUCUUUUAACUGUGGUCAUGGUUCUAGCAAUAACACAAUAGUUUUAAAUAAUUUUUGCUCUAUAGAAAAUCCAAAUACCACUCUCUUUGAUUUUGGAAUAUUCCAAGAAGCCCGUCAAUCUCGUAUUCUGGAGUCCAUGGAUUUUCCGCGAAAGACCAUUUUCUGUUUUUGGUGGGGCCUUCGAAAUUUGAGUUCACUUGGUCAAAACCUUGAAACAAGUCCUUAUUAUUGGGAAAACUGCUUCACAGUUUUAAUCUCGAUCUUUGGCUUGCUUCUGUUUUUAUACUUCAUCGGAAAUUUGCAGGUGUACAUGCAGUGGGAGGCAUCUAAUGAGUUGGAGGAGAUUUUUAAGCAGUCAAAAUCCAGGCAACACAAUAAGAUCACGUCUAAACGGUUGGAGACAUCUAAGUGGUGGGAUCCAUCUAUGCGGUUGGAGACAUCUAAGAAGUACUACUUGACUUAUAUGGAUGAGAAGGAUAAGGCAGAGAUCAUGAAAUCUAAAUUACGUAGCAUUGAGUGUUGGAUAAGCACAAUCGGACUCCCUGACCAGUUAAAAAAGAUGAUCAUGAGCUAUGUGACACCAAUAUUGGAAGAUCAAAACAAACAUAUUGAUACAGAAAACCCAUUCCCUCAUCUUCCCACAACACUUAGAAGAUUGAUUAAGCUCCAUCUCUGCUUGCCCCGUCUAAGGAGAGUGCCUAUAUUUGAAAAUGAAAGUGAAGAAUUGUUGUAUGAGAUCACCUGUAAGUUUCUCAAGCAAGUGCACUACAAUCAAAGCAGCUACAUUGUUCGAGAGGGAGAACCAUUGGAUGCACUGAUUUUCAUGGUGAAAGGAAUUGUGUGGACGUAUACAAGUAACCAUGGCAAUAAAACUAAGUGUCUUAAGACAGGUGACCUCUUUGGAAGACAUCUUGUAGACUGGGUGCUGGAAUCCCCUGGACUAUCCGACCUUCCCUUAUCAACAAGGACUCUCAAAUGUCAUACAAAAGUUGAAGUAUUUUGUCUUAUGGCUAGUGACCUCAAGGAUAUGAUGUCUCAAUGCUGGUGGAAAUUUCGCAAAUCCAGCCACAUUACUCAAUCUAACUCGCAACAUUUAAAACAUUUUGCAGCUUCAUCCAUCCAAGCAGCAUGGCGCCACCAUGCCAUCCAUUCUCAUAAGUGCUUGAAUGUGGCUAUCAAGUCUGCCCAUGCUGUUGACUAAGGCCAUCGUUGUCAAUAGCUCUCCAAGUUUAGAUAAUUGUACCGCUUAAUAAUUAAUCUAGUAUUGUUAUCAAUUGCUGAUCUUGCUCUUUGUUGAAAUAUAUAAAUAGAUUGUU